CGCCCCUCCGGUGAACUCCCCCGCCGCGCCCACUCAUCCGGAUGGCAUUGCAGCCAUUUAAGGGCCUCACUGCCGUCGCCUCCCUCACCGACGACCUCCUCGCCGAGAUCCUCCUACGCCUCCCGUCGGCGGCCUCCCUCGCGCGCGCCGCGCUCGCCUCCAAGUGCUGGCUCGGCGUCGCCUCCGCCCCGGGAUUCCUCCGCCGCUUCCGCGCCCGCCACACCUCCUCGCCUCUCCUCGGCCUGUUCGUCUCCCACGGCUACUCCGGCCUCCCCGUCUUCCACCCCGCCGGGACCGUCCGCACCGACCCCGACCUCGGCGCCGCCGCCCGCGGGGGCGAUUUCUUGCUCACCUGCGUCGGAGGAGACCCCCACUGGCACCUUCGAGACUGUCGUAACGGCCGCCUGCUCCUCUGCCGGGGUAGAUCCGUCGCCGUCUACGACCCGGUCUCCCGCCGGCGCGACUCCUUCCGCCGCCCGGAGGACGACCCCUUCUCGGACACCUACGUUGCCGACUGCCUGCUGCACGGGCAUGGCGACUACGGCGCCGCGUCGUCGUUCCGUGUGGUCUCCGUGCAGCGCCAUGGCCGGAGGAUGCGAGCCGUGGAGUUCCGCUCCGGCACUGGAGAGUGGAGCUUCCACCCGUGGAUGGAAAAUGUCAGGAGGCCUCGCCGCGGCCAGGCGAUGCACGCAGCGGGGAUGAUCUUUUGGAAAUGCGAGGAGAAUUCUUUGCUGCUGCUUGACACGCGCACAAUGGAAUUCUCCAUGCUCCCUCUCCCAGUGAGCUUCUUCCAGCCUUCCAAGUACGCCGUAGGAGAGAUGGAGGAUGGCGUGUGCUGCCUUGUAUGCCUUGACGGCACCAUGGACAACAUCUACAUCCAAGUGUGGCUGCUCAUGGAGGACGGUGGUGGUGGCACUGGCAGGAGGUGGGAAUUGGAGAAGGAAAUGCCAGUCAGUGAGGUCCUUGACGGGCGUUCCCUGGUGCGACAGGUCCGAACAGUGGCCGGUGGAUUGGUUCUUGUUUCCUGGGAUGAGCGCCAUCCACAAUUCGCCAUUGACCUGAAGAAUAUGAAGGUCACUGCUGAGUUCAUGUGCAGCGGACCGGCUUAUCUUUUCCAAGCGCCAUGGCCACCCGCUGUGUUGCUCGAUACCGAGGUUCAACCGGCGAAUUUGGCUCUUCCUUUACAAUCUGCAGAAUACGUGGAGCCACUUCAGUUGAUUGCUACUCAGGACGUGGUCAAUCAUGUUAAUCUUGCUGCAGAGAGAACUGGUGUUUUGGUGAACUCAGAGGGCCCAUUGGAUCUGAUCCUGGGACCGCAUGGCCCACAGGACACACAACAAGCCAUGGUUGCUGAAGGGGAGACCUUAGUGGCAACAGCAGACCUGAAACUACUCACGUCUGCUGAAGUGCAAAACCAGUUAGUAGCUGAAAAGCCUGAGAUCAACAAGGGGCUUGAAGUCCCAGUUUUGAAAAGGAACAGCGCACGCUUGGUAAAAAGAAGAGGGGCAAGGUAUGAGAAUGUUCUCCACAUGGCAAUGGAGAUGAAAGCACGUUCCAUGGGUGGUAUGGAACAGCUUAGCACUUCGCCUGGAAGAAACUACAGCAGAUCAGAGAAGCCAACAGUUGUGGACUCUCACUACGGGAGAUACUACCAGCAUCGUCGACGUCCAGAGAAGCCCAUUGUUGUGGACCGUCGUUAUGGGAUAUACUACCAGCGUCGUCGACGUCCACAGGUUGGGCAAGUAGUAGGCAGGCGGCAGCAGCAGCAAGAGUUCAGGCAUGGUGAGAUAGAGUUCAGGUAAUGCGCACUAAUAGGCUAGGAGGGAAGUAGGGUUUGAGGAGAAUUAUAUCAAUUCAGAGCUAGGAAGUUUACUUGUACUCGGAAAUGACUAGCCAUUAACACCUUGCAUUCGCAUGAGCACUGAUAUAGACAUUUUUGUAAUUCGUAUUUACUUGAAAUUUAUUAAAAUCAAUUCUGUGGGGUUUUGUUAUAA